GCGGGCGUGGCACUCGGCCUUGCUCCACGACAUCGGGAAAGUAACCUUGGAGACCUACCUAAUGCAGCACCACGUGUGGUUGACAAGCAACGCCAAGACGUUGCUGGUCCUCGUUCCGGGCUUCCCCAAGUGCAAUUUGGUGGUGGUCUCUGUUAUAUUUGUCUUUCUGAGCAGG